ACUUGGACGGUAACAGGAUGUUUAUUAAUCACUUUCAUCAGAAACCCAACCAAUAUCAUCUCUUUGGUCAACAAAUCAUCAUAGGUGGGGAGGAGGAAAAAGAAAUGCAAAAGAGGAGGCUUUAAGUAAAGCCAAGUAGAUAAAAAGAAAGAAGAUGAGGAAGCUAAAGUCACUCCUAAAAGAAACAACAGUGGAAAGUACACCUCAACCUCCAUCUCCUCCUGUUCUUUGCUUCCCUUGCCCUCUAAGCCCUCUUUCCUUAGACUCCUCAUCUGUGCACCUACUCAUCUCUCAUUUCUCUUGCAAAGCAUGCCUAUGUUGAUGGCAUGUGAAUUAUGGAAAUACCAUACAUAAGCUAUUGCAGAUUUUAGUGGCCAUAAAAUUUUGGACAUGGGAUCUGUGGGGAGGCCAAGUUCCUGGGCACCAUAUGAUACUUAUAGGGAUUGUUCACAGGGAAUUUGCAGCAUAUAUUGUCCUCAAUGGUGCUACAUAAUCUUCCCUCCUCCUCCUCCUCUUGGAAAUGAUGAUGGCUCAGGCACCACAUUCUCCCCUCUGAUUAUAGCAAUCCUGGGUAUAUUGGCGAGCGCUUUCCUUCUAGUGAGCUACUAUACCAUUGUCACCAGAUAUUGCAGAAGAAGAAGAUCAAGAAAUUCAAACAUUGAGUUUGAAGCUCACCAUGAUGAAGUGACUCAUGACCAAUGGCAGGUUGCUACAACUGGUUUAGACGAGGCACUUAUCAAGUCUAUAACAGUUUUCAGGUAUAAGAAAGGCGAUGGAUUGGUGGAAGGGACGGAAUGUGCAGUGUGUUUAAAUGAGUUUCAGGAAGAUGAAAGCCUCAGAUUGUUGCCAAAAUGUUGUCAUGCUUUUCACCUUCCUUGUAUUGAUGCAUGGUUGAAAUCUCACUCCAAUUGUCCUCUUUGCCGUGCCAAUGUAAAUCCUGCUAUUCCAACCCUGCCUCCUCCGGCUCCAAGUUCUCAAACUUCCUUGACCACCCUCAACAUAUCUUCCCUCGAAAUCCAGAGACAAAAUGAUCUGAUAUUCGUGGUAGAGGAUCAUCAAGAGAGGAGUACUCAUCAAGAAGAAGUUUCUAUUAGCCUCGUUUCAGAUAUUCUUUUUAAGGAUGCUCUCCAAUUUGACAAUGAGUCGGAAAAUGUUGACUCCAGAAACUGCAUAAUUGGUGACCGAGAAGAUGCAAGACAAUUCAGAAGAUCGAUGUCUUUGGGUACAUUUUCUCGUCGGCGCAAUCUUCCGGUUGCUGAUAGCCUGAGAACCAAUGAACAUGAUCGAGAAGACUCAGACGGUGGGAUCGGAAUUGGUUCUUCAAAAGGGAUGCAGGAGGGACAAAGCAAGCAAAAAGAUAGAAGCAAAGACUGCGAUUUAGCAGCAAGAGUUCCUGCUGUAAUGAAGAGAUCUUUUUCCACAGGAAGAUUCAAUUUUACAAGGCAAGAUAAAGGCAAGAAUCAUAUCAUUCCCAGCUAAAACUGCUAGCUCUUGUGAAUACUAAUUUCUUUAAUCUACAGUUCCAAAGAUUGUUCAAAUUCACCAAAAUAUGAAAAUUAACAAGUGCACAAGUGAACUACUUUUUUUUUUUAAGCAACUGAAAUAAACACACACACGCACUCAAUUAGAACUUUAAGCAACUGAAAUAAACACACACACGCACUCAAUUAGAACAAACACGCACUCAAUUAGAACUUUAAGCAACUGAAAUAAACACACACACGCACUCAAUUAGAACAAACACGGGAAUAACCCGAAAGAGCGACUCGAAGGUAAUCUAAAGGGGACCCACAAGAAACACCCAUCCAACCAAUUGGUGAUAGGAAAGUGCUCCCAUGAACCUUAAACCCAGAGUAAAGAUCCCACGAUCUUUUGACGUGGGAUGGUGACCCAACCAUUGCACAAGUGAACUACACCAAUCCAUUAAUAAUUGUCCAAAGCUAUGGAAUAAUAUUGUAUUUGUUUGGUAAACUACUUCUUGAUUUGUC